AUGCCCGCCAGCGGAGACAAGGCCAAGCAGGGGAAGCGCCGCGUCCCCGACUCUCUCCGCCGGCGGACGCUGGUGAGCUGCGAUCGCUGCAAAAUCCGCCGCAUUCGCUGCCUGCGCGCCAACGAGCACGAGACGUGUGCCAGCUGCGUGAGCUGCGGCGUCAAGUGCGAGUCGACUCUGCCGCGCAAGCAGCGCGUCUACGGCAGUGUCGAGCGCUUCAGUCUGCGCUACCGUGCCCUCGAUGCCCUCGUGCGCGGCCUGUUUCCCGACGAUGACACGGACGAUAUCGACACGCUGUUCCGCCUCGCCAAAGACCGUGGGAUCCCCAUGCCCCCUGCGGACGACCAGACGCCGGCCCCGGAUGCCUUCAGCCAUUCGCCGGCACAGACCCCGGCAGACGACAGGAGUGACGGUCUGGCGUCGGAGGUGUUUGGGGAGAGACUGAUCCCGGCGCCUCAUGGCGUCUCGCAUUACGUCGGGCCAGUCAGCUCGUUCGACUUUGCGACGACAAUUCGACAGCUCGUGGCCAAAUGCAAUGGCAUAUCUUCUGGCGUGCGUCCACGCGACGGGCAGCGGAGCAAGCUGGAAGCGGAAAUCGCCAAUGCAAAGGGCGGCAGAGCGCUCGAAUCGCGCAUAAGGGGCCGUGCAGCAAUGUUCGCGGGUGGGAGACAUACGUCAGGCGUCGAUUAUCCGUCCUCGAGCAGACAGCGGGGACAGUAUUCGACCUCAGAUCCGCCGCCUCUUCGAGAUAUGCUGCCGCCGAAAAACGUGUCGGAUGAACUGGUCCGCGCCUUCUUCGAUCACGUCCAUCCCAAUUACACCCUGUUCCAUCGGGGCACGUUCCAGCUGCGCUAUGAGGCCCUGUGGCAGCCAGACUCCUCCCAAGCGCCGGAACCCGAGCCGGGCUGGGUCUGCUCCUUGUUUAUGAUGCUGGUCCUGGGAGCGGAGACGCUGGGGCAGGAUGGCUCGGACGAGGCGACGUCGAUCCAGAGUCGCUAUGUGAAAAUGGUGCGCGAACGGUUUGAGCAGCUGGCCUUCACCGCCAGCCUGGCCAACGUCCAGGCGCUGCUGCUGCUUCAGCUCUACGAACAUAAUUCGGGCGAGCGCAACGCGGCAUGGAUGAUCCUCGGGCUGGCCGCUCGCAUGGCCAUCGCGCUGGGCAUGCACCGCGAAGGCGUGAACGAAGGGUUUGACCCGAUCGAGAGGAACACCCGGCGCAUGGUCUGGUGGACGCUGUACAUGUUCGAACAGAAGAUUUCUAUUAUUCUCGGGCGACCGCCGUGCAUCGACCCGAUGGAGGUGAACGUCCGACUGCCGGACGAGGCCGUCCUCGAUGGGGGAGACUUCCCCCCGGACUGUCAUGCCCACGCCCUGGCUCUGAUCCAGAUUGGCCCCCGCGUCAAACGACUGGCGUCUGCGCUGUCGCCCAAGUACACGAGCGAGGACGCCUUGCUGGCGACUUGCGCCAAGGCCGGGCACAUGCUGCAAGAGCUGAACGCGUGGAAGUCCCGGCUGCCGCAGCAUCUGACACCCAAUUGGCAUCCCAUGAUUCCGCGACAUCGUCGCGCCGUGCUCAUGAUGCACAUCUACUACCAUUACCUCGAGUCCAUCGUGACGCGGCCGUACCUGUUGUGUCGAGUCAACCGGGACAUCGAGCGGCAGCUGCAGACCGGCCCUCCUACGCUGACGGCCGUCAGCCCCAAGAUCGACAAGCUGGCUCAGGCGUGUCGUUCCUCGGCGAAGGUGGCGCUGGACCACCUGCACCAGCUGUCGAUGUUCGGGCAGCUGGAGGGGGUCGCCUGGAUGGACUUUUACUACGUGUACCACGCGAUGAUGGUGCUAAGUCUGGACUUUCUGGGGCGGCCGCGCGACUCGGCGGACUCGGCGGAGGACGUGGCGCACAAGGAGCGCUUGUCGACGAUGGUCGAGCUGGCUCGCCGAAGCAAGCUGGCGCCGACGUACAAGAUCCUGUCCCGGGUGGCGACCGAUCUCGCGUUGAUCGUGGGGGUCGAGGUCGAGGACGCGUCGGAGAAGCAGGAGGCUACGUCGGCGGAUGUGAAGCCCAUUCCGAGCACUCCUCCGCAGCCGUACACCGCGAGCAGCGUCGCGGAUCCGCCGAGCGAGAUCCUACCGGUGCCGGAGCUGGUGUCGGACUUGUAUGGGAUCAACGAGAUGCCGUGGGACUUUUUCCACCUGGGUAGCGACUUUGCGGCAGGGGCGCAGCACAUCGCGGCGCAAUUUGCCGGUCAAUCGAAUAUAUGGAGUAUGUACAGUUUAGCAGUCUCUCGCCAAGGCAUUACUCAUACUACAACCUCCAGCUCCAGCUCUCCCCAAACAGCUAGCUGA